AUGCAGCUCAGUGGCUUUUUUGCCCUACUCGUGGGCACGUUUAUCUUGAGCUCCAGUGGUCUGACCAGCGCAAAAUCUAAUGUUAUGGACAAAUAUACCGAUGAGAGCACUAUAGUUCGGCGUCUACGUGGAGAAGACAGUGUCGAAGAGGAGAAAGGGUUUACUUCUAUUUAUGAAAGUGCUAAACGCUGGUUUACGAAGCCACUCGUAGAGGCGACUGUAAAAACGAACAAAGAAGGAAAAGAAGUUCUUGUUAUUCCUCCAAAACAAGCCGCAAUUCUGGCGAAGAACGGUAUUGACUCGAAGGAGCUUGCAGCUAAUCCCACUAUGGAACACCUUGCAUCGGUCUUGAAUACGUAUGAUACUCGAGCUCCUCAACACUUUGGUCGUAGUGAAUUGCGCUCACUUCUCUUCCGUGUGGUACUUACUACACUGCAAUGGGAAUCUGCACCGGGUGCAGUGUUUUUAAUUCCAUGGAUGCCAUACGUUUAG